CAAGGACGCAACAGGGGACGUGACAGCAGAAGACCACAGGGUCACUUCAGCGGGGCAUGCCAUGAAGAUCUCCAUAGAGAAGCACUUUCUAUGCCUGGUUUUACCUAAUUCGCUCUCAGUCACACUCCAGGAGGUUUUGGGCAUAUGAUGCCCAUUUUGCAGAUGAAGAAACUAAGUUUCAAGGAUGUUGUCCAGUGGCUUAUCCAGGGUCACAGAGUAAGAAAAGUCUAACUUGAAUUCAAGAGUUUGGCUUCAUAGCCAGGAUGUUCUCUGCUACAUUGUAACUGUACUGGCUGGUUUUGUGUCAACUUGAAACAAGCUGGAGUCAUCAGAGAGGAAGGAGCCUGGGCUGAGGAAAUGCUUCUAUGAGAUUCAGCUGAAAGGCAUUUUCUCUAUUAGUGAUCAAGGGGGAGGGCCCUGUCCAUGGUGGGUGGUGCCAUCCCUGGGCUGGUGGUCCUGGGCUCUAUAAGAAAGCAAGCUGAGCAAGCCAGAAGGUGCAAGUCAGUAAGCAGCACUCUCCAUGGCCUCCUGCCUCCAGGUUCCUGCCCUGUGUGAGUUUCUGUCCUGACUUCCUCCGUGAUGGACAGUGAUGUGGAAAUGUGAGAGACACACACACACACACACACACACACACACACACAGAGAGAGAGAGAGAGAGAGAGAGACAGAGAGAGACAGAGAGAGAGACAGAGAGAGAAACAGAGAGAGAGACAGACAGAGAGAGACAGACAGAGAGAGACAGAGAGACAGAGAGAGACAGAGAGAGACAGAGAGAUACAGAGAGAGACAGAGAGAGACAGAGAGAAAUGGGGAAGAGACAGGAAGGAAGCAAGGAGGAGGGAGAGGAAGAGGAAAGUAGAAAGGAAAUGAACAAGGAAGGAGCUGCUAUCUUAAAUACUGGGAAUUGUUAGGGUGAUUCUGUUGUUUUGUUCUAGAACUUGUGCAAAGCUCUUACUCUGCAUUUGUUCUUUUAACCCACGUGAUAUAGGCAGACCAGUGUUUUCCAGGAGGGGCACCGAGGUAGGUUCAUUUACCUCCAGUCCUUCAACUGGGUAGGAAGCAGGAAGCCUAGAAUUCCAGCUCAUAGUCCUCUCCUGGGCCAGGAGGUGUCUUCAGAAAUGACACCAGAGAAAGAAGAAUGUUAGGCACUCCUGCUAGGCAAGAGCUUUGAGCGGGCACUGGGUGCCUGUGACCCAGGGAUGGAUCUGAGGAAUAGAGAAUGCUCCGUGAUGGAAUGUUGAGAGGAAACAGAAAUGACAGGUACCCUGGGGACACAAAUCCCAUCUGUGGAUGCAUGGAUAGAGCCUGGGCAAUAAGGAAGACAAAGAGAGUUUCUAAAAAGGUACUGUGGGCAGGUAGGGUUCUCUUUCCAGCAUUAAAAAAAUAUGGUUUUAGUCAGGUGGUGGUGCCACACGCUUUAAAACCCAGCGCUUGGGAGACAGAGGCAGCCAGGUCUCUUUGAGCUCGAGGCUAGCCUGGUCUAAAGAGUGAGUUCGAGGCCAGCCACGGCUACACAGAGAAACCUUGUCUCAAAACAAAACAACCAAAACAACCAAACAACAACAAAAACAUGGCAUCUACAAUAAAAGAGCAGGUAAGAAGGAACCAUUUUGUACAGGAGGAGGACCUGUUUGUUGGUAGCCUGUCUCAGAAGUUAGGAUUGGUUGGAGUCUAUUUGGGGCCUACAGCCUGGGGUUUGAGGGCAAUGAGCAUCGCCUACGAGGGCUGGAGAAGACAUCUAGAUGUAUUUAAAAACACGCUUGAAGAAUGCCAAAGAUCUGAUAGUUCUGAUUUUCUAUGGGUUUUAGCAAUGCUGUGAUGACAGAUAUGGAAAACUUUGAAAUCUGCUGGUGUUGGGCAGUAUAGACCAAUCUCCCAGUGCAAUGUAGAUAGGACCCCUAGAGAAGAGGAGGGGAGUAAAAGCUGUGUAGCUGGAUCUGGGGUGGCUCAGCCCUCAUGCGCUUCUGUUUCUAGAAGGGAGAUCUGCUCUGACACUGAAUUUAUCCCCCACAGGGAUAAAUUGAGGAUCUUCCUCUGCCCUGGUCUCUAGGUGUCUUUGUGAGUUGGUAACAGAAUAAAUAUCACUUGGGUAUCCUGGGAAAGGGGUAGAUUUUCUUAUUAAUUCUUGCACUGAAUUACUCAAUUACUGAAACUUUCUGCAAUUCCCAGACUCUCUCUGGAAACUUCCUGAAAUGGAAGAUAGCACAAUGCAUGGCUCCUGUUUGGUUAGAAAGAGCCAGGCUCAGAUCCAGCCUAGGGACAUACUGGUCACAUGGCAAGGUCACAUGACUUCGGGCAGAUCAAUGGUGGAAUGAUUAUGUUGAUAAGGCGUUACACCCAGAGUCCACAUCCUAGUAGACCGUUCCACAUUCUACUUGGAAUUUCCUACAUCUGGCAGGGAAGAUGGAUUAAUGGCGGGCAAGGGCCACAGUCCCAGACUUUAAACAGGCUUUUUAAAAAAAACACGGAUUCUUGUUUCUUUACCUAGCGCUUCCUUCCUUUCUCGCCGCAUCUGUUGUGGUGCAGCAGCCCUGUGGACUUCUUGGGGCAAAGGGUAGCAAAGAAUGACCUAGCACAGAACGGUACACUGAGAGCAUCAGGAGGGCUUUUUCUUUGGGAGGGGUCGGUAACGAUUGGAUAGCGGUUGAGAGUAAACUGUAGAUGACAUCCCGUCUUCAUAUCAAAAGGUUGGGCAUGCCUGAUAGACUAGCAUGGCUGGCUUCCCGCAGGGGGUCCUCGAAGUCUCAGUUUGCCUUAAAGCUUCUCACUACUGAAUGUGUACAGUGUAGAUGGCGUCUGCCACAGAAACCCUUCUCCCCGGCUCCUCUUUCUCCAAGUCUCCCUUCUGAGGUGAUGCCUAGGCGCCUUCCGGGCUUUGCCUAUCUCCCACACUAUUCAAAAGCACUGAAAGUUUCCCCACCAGCUACCCAACAAAAGCCAGACUCCUCAGCCAGCAUGGGUUCCAGAGCCCGGCUCGAACGUGCGCACGAACCACAGCAUCCUGACAGAGCAGUCACUGUAUCUAUGUGCAGAAUGGGUGUCUGAAUGAAGAUGAGCAGUGGCUGCCAAGGUGCCUGUUAAGAUUUUAGACUACAUUUUAUUUAGUGCAUGUGUGAGUGCACAGGCACACAUGUGUUUGGACACAUGUCAAGUUCAGACGUACCGAGGUCAGAGAACAACUUUUCCUUUUCCUUUUUUUCUCUUAUUGAAAAUAGAUUCUUUUCUCACACAGUAUCUCCUAAUUACUGUUUCCUCUCCCUCUAUUUCUCCCAGGUACUCCCCACCUCCCCUCCUAUCCAGAUCCACUCCUUUUCUGUCUCUCAUUAGAAAGGUGCAGGCUUCCUAAGCGAUAACAACAAAAUAUAAUGAGCAAACCCAAAAACUAUCAUGUGGAAGUUGACCCUACAAACCAAAAGAAAGAAAGGAGUCCAAAAGAAGGCACAAGCAUCAGAGACCCAUUUGAUGGCACACUCAGGAAUCCAUAAAGUCACUGAACCCGAAGUCAUACUAUACACGCAGAGGACCUGGUGCUGACCCAUGCAGACCUCUGCUUGCUGCUGCAGCCUCUGUGAGUUCGUAUGAGCUUCGUUCACGUUGACUUAGAUGGCUUCUUUCCCUUGGCGUCCUCCAUCCCUCCGGCUCUUAAACUUCUUCUGCCUCCUGGUUCCCUGAGCUCUGAGGGGAGGGAUUUGACGGAGACAUCCCAUUUAAGGACUGAGUGGUCCAAGGUCUCUCACGCUCGGCAUAGCGUCUGGGUGUGGGUCCCCGUGUGUCUGUGCAGGAGGAGGCUUCUCUGAUGAUGGCUGAACAAGGCUUACUGCUGACCCGUGACUGUAGUAGAGUAUCAUCAGGGGUGGUUUUAUUAUUUUAAAGAAUGGUAGUGCUCGAUUCUACUCUAGGUUCCCAGACUGUCUGGUCUCUGGUCGUCAGUCACAUCUCAGUCGGUUACUCCCGCAGGUUUGUGGUUUGUGACCUCCUCUGCACUGGUGUAUCUUACAGGACAGGUUGUAGAUCGAAGGCUUUGUGGCUUGGUCGGUGGUUACGUUUCUCUUUUGGUAACGGGCAAAGUACCUUCCUGUAUCAGAGAUGCUACCAUGUAGGGAUGAAGGCUCCAUGUAGACGCCAGCUCGACUUCUCUGUGUUCUGUGUUGUCUUCAGCAAUGCGGUUUUGCCGUCAGUUUGGGGAAAGCGACCUAUUAUCUAGCCAAUGGCCCAGACCAUUUAGGGAUUUCAAUGGAACCCCUUUAGUCAACAACGCAAUUAGGUGUAACCCAAUCCCAGCACUGGAAGCUUUGGUGACAAGAGUUGGCCGGUUAGGACUCUGCCUCCAGCAUUUUUGGUGAUUUUAUUUAGUUCACCUUAAUAUGUCCAUAUAUUUCAGGAAAUUUCUACUGUAUUAGAUUUUCCAACUAUCCCUCAAAUGCCCCUCAACUUUAGCUGUGUCUCCCCGUCUCCCCUGCCUUAACACCCUGCUCUUUCCCCUACUCAAGCCCCCCAUUUCAGUCCUGCUAAUCCACUCAUAAUCAUCCAUUUGAUUUCCAUUUCUUACCGAGAUCUACCUGUCCCUUCUAGUCCCUUCCCUACUCUGCAUACCCUGUGUGCUUCUACAGCUGUCGCUUGGCCGUCUCUUACUUUAGAGCUGAUCUCCACAUAAUAAGCAAAUAUAUCCUGUAUUUGUCUUUCCAAGUUUAUGAUACCUUACUCGAGAUGAUUUUUUCCCCCUAAUCUCAUCCACGUGCCCUCAAAUUUUACGAUGCCAUUUUUAUUUAACAGCCGAGUGACACUCCACUGGGCAGAUGUACCCCAUUUUCGGUAUCCAUUCUUCUCUGGAGGGACAUCUGGGUUGUCUCCAUUUCUAGCUAUUACGGAGGGAGCAGCAAAGAACAGGGCUGAGCAGGUGUCUCUAUUGGAGUCUGAAGCAUCCUUUGGGUAUACGCCCAAGAGCGGUAUAGCGUCUCGAGGUAGAUCAACUCCCCGAUUCCUGAGGAACUGCCACGCUGAUUUCCACAAUGGCUGCUGCACACAUUUACACCAGCAACGGACGAGAGCUCCCCUUACUCCACAUCAGAGGACAGGUUCCAAGAGUUAGUUUUCUCUGCCAUGUGAGUCUUGGGGAUUGAACGGGGGGGGGGGGGGUCUUCUGGCCUCACCUACCUCGAUGGCCCAACCUGUUAUUCUUCUGCCUGCCUCAGGGACUCUGCACACUUCAGUCCUUCUGCCAGGGGCCCGCACUUCUUUCCAUCGCUGCUGUUCACACCUCUCAACUGCUUAGCUGUCACUUUAAGAAGGAUUUUUUCUCCCCCCCCCGUGACAUAUUUUUCUGUGUAUUGAUGCACGACUGAGCUGAAACCUCCAGCCUUCCUUGAAGAUGGUGUCUGUACUGCAUGGCCGCACCGGGCGCAUGGUACUUUAUAAAGAGGUGACAGGCAGAGGGUGGGCUGGAUGAGUGUAAGUUCCUUCACAGGCUCCCCUUGGUGGAACCCCUGUGUGGGUCAGGCCAUCUGUAGAAAGCCACAGAGAGCGCUUAGGUGGCUCCUUAGAACAUUGGAGUAAGUGUGAAGUUCUACCCUGGGCCACUCAGGGCCUACGUGCUCCAGCAAUUCCUCCACACCUCCGACUUCCCCACCACAAUGUCUCCUCGCUCUCCAAGCCCAUUCCUGCCUUGGGCCUUUACCCUCCAGUGUCACCUUCUCAGACCUGCAGUUAAUACCCCUGCUACUACCCGCUAUCCCAUCUCGUGCCUCGUAGUUACCACUCUUAACGGCUCUGAAGUCCUCCCAUUUGUCUGUUUGGCUCUGUUUCCACUGUCGGACACAGGUCCCCUGAGUCAGGACCUUCUUGGUCUUGUUCAUCACUAAGGGCUUUAGCCUAGCGCAGAGUAGGCACCCCAUCCGUAUUUGGUGACCAUGGGAAAAAAAAAGGCAAACACGGGGUUGGGGCUGUCUUUGUGGUUCAGCCCCUUCCUGGAUAGAACCCAGGGGCCCCUGGGCUAGGGCCUGUGGGGUUGCCAUGGUAACCACUGACUGACCUGAGGAGCCCUUUGGAGAGGCCACAGCUGCUGCCUGCUAGGGGGUCCAGGUUCUGUGUGUCGCCACCAAUGUGGAACCAGGGAAGAGAGAAGAGGGACUGGGAGAGAAUGGAGAGCAAAGCAUGGGCCCGUGAUGGAGGUUACAGACAGAGGAGGCCAUGGCAACCCCAUUCCACCGAGAGCUGGAUUGAAAGAUGCCUCAAUGAAAGCGAGAAUAAACGCUAUUCCAGCCACACAUCUCUGGGGAAUGUGUCUAAUGAUGAAAAUGAGGAAAAAGAAAAUAACAGAGCGUCCAAGCCCCACUCCACGCCUGCCACCCUGCAAUGGCUGGAGGAAAACUAUGAGAUUGCAGAAGGCGUCUGCAUCCCUCGCAGUGCCCUCUACAUGCACUACCUGGAUUUCUGUGAGAAGAACGAUACCCAGCCAGUCAACGCUGCCAGCUUCGGGAAGAUCAUAAGACAGCAGUUUCCUCAGCUCACCACCAGAAGACUCGGGACCAGAGGACAGUCAAAGUAUCAUUACUAUGGUAUAGCGGUGAAGGAAAGCUCCCAGUACUAUGAUGUGAUGUACUCAAAGAAAGGGGCUGCCUGGGUGAGCGAGACGGGCAAGAGAGAAGUGACCAAGCAGACAGUGGCGUAUUCUCCCCGGUCCAAGCUUGGGACAUUGCUGCCAGACUUUCCAAACGUCAAAGACCUAAAUCUGCCAGCCAGUCUUCCUGAGGAGAAGGUGUCUACCUUUAUUAUGAUGUACAGAACGCACUGUCAGAGAAUACUGGACACUGUAAUAAGAGCCAACUUCGAUGAGGUUCAAAGUUUCCUUCUGCACUUUUGGCAAGGGAUGCCGCCCCACAUGCUGCCCGUGCUAGGCUCCUCCACGGUGGUGAACAUCGUGGGCGUGUGCGACUCCAUCCUAUACAAGGCCAUCUCCGGGGUGCUGAUGCCCACAGUGCUGCAGGCAUUGCCCGACAGCUUAACUCAGGUGAUCCGGAAGUUUGCCAAGCAACUGGAUGAGUGGCUGAAAGUGGCUCUCCAUGACCUCCCGGAAAACCUGAGAAACAUCAAAUUUGAAUUAUCAAGAAGGUUUUCCCAAAUCCUGAGAAGGCAGACAUCGCUGAACCAUCUGUGCCAGGCUUCUCGAACGGUGAUCCACAGUGCAGACAUCACGUUCCAGAUGCUGGAGGACUGGAGGAAUGUAGAUCUGAGUAGCAUCACCAAGCAGACGCUCUACACCAUGGAGGACUCCCGGGAUGAGCACCGCAGACUCAUCAUCCAGUUGUACCAGGAGUUUGACCACCUGCUGGAGGAACAGUCCCCCAUCGAGUCUUACAUAGAGUGGCUGGAUACCAUGGUAGACCGAUGCGUUGUGAAGGUGGCGGCCAAGAGACAAGGGUCCCUGAAGAAAGUUGCCCAGCAGUUCCUGUUGAUGUGGUCUUGCUUUGGUACGAGGGUGAUCCGGGACAUGACCUUGCACAGUGCACCCAGCUUCGGGUCUUUCCACCUAAUUCACUUGAUGUUCGACGACUACGUGCUCUACUUGCUAGAGUCUCUGCAUUGUCAGGAGCGGGCCAACGAGCUGAUGCGAGCCAUGAAGGGAGAAGGAAGCACUGCAGAAGCCCAGGAAGAGAUUAUCUUGACAGAGGCUACCCCACCAACCCCUUCACCAGGCCCAUCAUUUUCUCCAGCGAAAUCUGCCACAUCCGUGGAGGUGCCACCUCCCUCCUCUCCCGUCAGCAACCCAUCCCCUGAGUACACUGGCCUUAGCACAACAGGAGCAAUGCAGUCAUAUACGUGGUCACUAACGUACACAGUGACGACAGCGGCUGGGUCGCCGGCUGAGAACUCCCAACAACUACCCUGUAUGAGGAGCACCCACGUGCCUUCUUCCUCUGUCACACACAGGAUACCAGUCUACUCCCACAGGGAGGAGCAUGGGUACACGGGAAGCUAUAACUACGGGAGCUAUGGCAACCAGCAUCCUCACCCACUGCAGAACCAGUAUCCAGCCCUGCCUCAUGACACAGCCAUCUCUGGGCCGCUCCACUACUCCCCUUACCACAGGAGCUCUGCCCAGUACCCUUUCAAUAGCCCCACUUCCAGGAUGGAACCUUGUUUGAUGAGCAGCACUCCCAGGCUACAUCCUACCCCAGUCACUCCCCGCUGGCCAGAGGUGCCGACAGCCAACGCAUGCUACACAAGCCCGUCUGUGCAUUCCACGAGGUAUGGAAACUCCAGUGACAUGUACACCCCUCUGACCACGCGCAGGAAUUCUGAGUACGAGCACAUGCAACACUUUCCUGGCUUUGCUUACAUCAACGGAGAGGCCUCCACUGGAUGGGCUAAGUGACUGCUUUCAUAGAAAUCCAUAUUUAAUAUUAAUAAUUAAUAAUAAUAAUAAAUCCAGUACCCACCCUCCAGAAGACUUUAUCUCAAUACAUCAUAACUUGCGGGCUGAUCCUAAACAUCCAUUUGCCUAAUGAACAAGAGGAUGUUCACCAUGGAAUGAACACAUUUUAGUUCAGAAAGAGGACCCACUACAAGUCAGUGGGAUUGGGUCCCAUAGCCAAGCCAGACUCGACUGGUUCUAUAGAGCACUAUCUUGGGCAGGCCGUUCUGUGCCUUCCUCCUCUGCUCCAUGACCUUCAUGGCAACCACUCCCUGUAGGGUACUUAUUUUCUUGUUGACAAAGCUCUUUAGUCUUGAAGGAUGGAUACUGGAGCCAGAAUCUGGUCUGUGUUCUUGGAUGGGCACAUGAUUUACCAAGAGCAUUCACCUGUCUGUCACGUCACUGUACAGUUACCAGCCCUCAGACAUGUUCUCCAUAUCCCUACUUCCUGGUGACGUCAUUACUACUUCCUGAAGUCCCCGGAAAUUCCUGCAAAUGCUAAGCUCCCCUAAGUUCCGCUUGCACCUGCCAUAGUCCCUUCAUGGCCUGGACUGUAAGCACUGUUUUUGAGGGACCGAAGAGGCCUGUUAUAUAUUGCCUUUAGUUGAUUAAUGUCUGUAGGGACCAGUUCUUCUAUGUACAAGGAUUUGUCCUGAGUUUGCACAAUGGCUAGCAUCAGCAAAAGGCAGGAGAGGGUUUUCUUAAGUUCUGUGAGAAAUGUGGAUUUAUGGCACUAAAAACUGUCCUCCGCUGUGUUACUUUGUGAAGCUGGAUGGAUCAAACUUUCACUUAGCAAGCACCAAGUGUGAAAACAACUGUCUGGUUUCUUCAUAAGACUAGAAUACUUUCCGACACUUUGCUAGAAAAAAAAUUCAAAGCGGUGCCUUUGAGUCUAUACUAUACUGUGUAUGUGUGGAAAUAAAAAAUGUAUUGUACUUUGGGAAAUUUUUUCUUAGGUAUUUUUUUGUCAGAUUUGUAGCUAUUUGUGGUUUGUUAGAGAUUAACAUAGGUUUUCCUUCUGUAUUAUAAGAUGCACCAAGCAAUUAUGGUGGACCUAUUACCCUAUGGGUAAGAAAUAAAUGGAAAUAUGACACCGGAUGUUUUAGCAAAUGUUCUGUAAAUAAAAUGUUUGAUCACACCACCCAGUGUGAUAAUCAUGUCUACAGCUAAAAUGGAAAUAGUUUUAUCUGUACAGUUGUGCAAGAUAUGGAUGGUUUCACUAUCUGUACAGUUGUGCAAGAUAUGAAUGGUUUCACACUCAAAUAAAAAGGAUUGAAGUGA